AACACUUUUCCGCCUUGUGUGAGAAGAUUAAAGAUCCACAAGGCCGAAAGAAUAUUUUGAAGAGACAAGGACGUUGCUUUCUAUGUUUGAGAAAGGGUCAUCGAAUAAACCAAUGCACCUCCAAUAGAUGCCGCAAAUGCCCAAGAAAGCAUCAUCAGUCAAUCUUUGAAUUUAAUUCGAGUCGACCACCACAGGACCCAUCGAGUCAACCACCAGAGAACAAACCUGGGCAAGCUUCCAUGACUGGAGCUGUUGUCAAUGAAUUGUCAAAUGGUACAACCACUACAUCUGUGACAAGAAGUCAAGCAAGAGUGUUGUUACGGACAGCAAGGACAUAUGCAUAUUCGAAUGAAGGAUCAGAAGUCUUACCUGUCAGAGUGCUCAUUGAUACUGGAAGUCAAAGAUCGUACAUCACAACUGGUCUACAGCAAAAGCUUGGUUUGAAACCCAUCAAGAAAGAAUCAUUAAAUCUUAAUACCUUUGGUGAUGCCGGUUUCUUGAAGACUGUGAUUUGGUCCAAUUAA